GGACGGCCUGGACCAGAUCCUCCCAGCCCAUGCUCACGUCCUGGUGCAGGGCCGACUCUAUGUGUCCUUGACUGCAGUGAAUACAUUCCAGAACUGCCUGGUGACCCAGUUCCUGACCCGUGAAGACCUCAUACAAGUCCUUCUCACCAGCUGCUUCAUCCCCAUCUACUCAAGGCUGAAGCACGUGGAGUUCCAGGGUCAGGCCUGGGCAGAUGGCGCCCUCUCGUGCAGCCUCCCCCUGCCCCCUGGUGGUCGCACCCUCACCAUAUCCCCAUUCUGUGGACGCCAUGGCAUCUCGCCCCGAGACCCUGGCCAAGGUCUUGGCUCUUGCGUGCAAGAGACUGGACAGGAUGUGGAGAUCUCCACGGCCAAUGUUGCCCACCUGGCCCGAGCGCUCUUCAGCCGGCCAGUGGAAGCCUGGAGUCACUGUACCAUGAUGGCUUCUGCGACGCCAUGA